AUGCCAUCUAAUUCUUGGUGGUCCUCGUCUUCGGAUGAGGAAGAUGAGAUGUUUUUCGCAAACGUUGUGCUACGGGCGGGGCAGAUUCUUAUUGAAGAGGAAGAGGAAGAGGAAGACGUCUCGUCUGAAAGCGUUAUUACCAGACGAAUACGGAUUAACAGAGACCGCGAAGGAGCGCACGAGAAAUUGGUGAACGAUUAUUUUUCGGAUGAACCACUUUACAAUGACGAGAUUUUCAGACACAGUUUCCGAAUGAGUCGCCGGUUAUUCACACGGAUUGCUAAUGAUUUAGCGGGGCUAGACCCGUUUUUCACGCAACGACCUGAUGCUCGAAAUUAUGAAGGGUUCACCACGUUACAAAAGUGUACUGCGGCCAUUCGACAACUGGCGUACGGGACAGUGGCUGACGCUUUGGACGAGUACUUACAAAUGUCGGCAAGAACUACGCGGGAAUUUGUACAAGCUCAUGAAGCACGGCACGAGUUUCCGGGAAUGCUUGGUAGUAUUGAUUGUAUGCAUUGGGCGUGGCAUAACUGCCCGACUGCGUGGCGCGGCCAAUAUACGCGAGGUGAUCACAGCCAUCCAACUUUGAUACUUGAAGCCGUGGCAUCACAAGAUUUGUGGAUAUGGCAUUCUUUCUUUGGUCUCCCUGGUUCACUCAACGACCUCAACGUGUUAUACCAAUCGGCGAUCUUUACCGAUUUCGUUAAUGGAACCGGUCCGGACACCCGUUUUACAGUUUCUGGGGUUGAGUAUAGACGUGGGUAUUAUCUUGCUGACGGGAUAUAUCCGUCUUGGUCUACAAUUGUAAAGACUAUUCCAUAUCCCGAGGAAGAAAAAAGGAAAAAAUUCGCCAAGCGUCAAGAAGCUGCAAGAAAAGACAUCGAACGUGCUUUUGGUGUCUUACAAAAAAAAUGGGCCGUCCUUGAACAACCGGCACGUGCGUUCACACCGAAGAGGUUGCGCCUUUGUAUGUACGCUUGCAUUUUGCUCCAUAACAUGAUUAUUGAAGACGAAGGUCGGGCGAUUUGUGAGUAUGAUGAGAAUGCAUCUUACGGGAAUACUGUCCCGGUUGAUCCGCCACAACAGGAUUUAAACUCGUUCUCGCUAACCAACGACUUCACGCAUGCAAACCUUCAACAAGAUUUGGUAGAACAUGUUUGGAACAACGUUAACGUCGCGGACGGUGGCGGUGACGGUGACGAAGACGAGUAG